AUGCACAAGCGGGGUGUCGUGAAGAAGGGUCGUCUCGAAUUUGCUAUUUCUUGUCCGUGCGGUAAGGCUACCGUGUACGACGACGAACGCAUAGACUUCUUCAUCGGCUCAAAUGAGAAGUACCAAGAGGAUAAGGAAGGUGUCACUGUACAGUUGAGAAUCGAUCAUCGCCUUGGCGCUCAUCAACGUGUUAAGAAGGAACGGCGCGUAGAGUUUGAUGAGAAGACUUCGCGGGGCUCUAUCUUCUACGCCUACCGCGAAGUUACAUGGAGCCGGUUUUGCGCCAAAAUCUCCCUUCCAACAUUCUAUGACGGCCUCACCAUCAUCACAGACGACCCAAAGAAGCUCGGGCGGAAGAACGGCUGGUUUGCAGACUUCCCUCAGCAGUACUUCGUUGGAAAUCCUGAGGCCAAGAGCAAGGUGCUGGUGAUUUCGCCGUGUCACGACAUUGGCGUUCUGAAGAAGCUCAUUGAGCAGCUGUUCGCAGGCCUCGACGUAGACAUCGACGAAGUCAAAGUCCGCCUCAAGACGCCCAAAGAAAAAGCCAUCACAGCUACGGACGAGCCUUUCGAUUUCGAAAACCCAACCCCUAAUGUGUACAUCCACUGGUGCAUGCGCGUCACCCACAGACCCACGGGAGAACAGACGUCGCUCGAUAUCUCCGGCGUGCAGUACGGAAUGAUUCAGGGCGACAUGCCAUGGCAGCCACACACAGACAUCUUCGUCGACGAGGUCCAGGCCAUCAAACCGCUGGGUACACUUGCGAAGUACGCAGAUGAAGUGUCACAAACCAAGGGUACGGAGGGAUUGCGAUUCGAAGUUGCGGCGAGUGCAAUGAAGGCGUGGCACGAGACUGUCGAUGCGGCGAUGGAGCGCAAAGGGUUGACAUGGGCGGAUGUACUAGGCAAGGAAGAAGAAGCUUUCCAGCGACAUACGAAGAAGAUCUUGAGCGUGGGCACAAAGGCUAUGCAGAAGUAUGCCGCGGAGACGAAGCUGACGAAGAAGAGGCUCAAGGCGGAGAGGUAUGAGCAGAGGCAUGAAGAUUGGUUGAUGGGAGAGCUCAAGGAGCUGGAGAAGCUGUAUUUGGAAUAG